CUGAAUAUCUCACUUUGUCAUUGCUAUUUGCAUCUCCUCAUUGCAGAAGGGAGCUAGGACUUCCUCUCCUCCCCCUCUCCCUCCUCUCACUCUCCUUUUGCCUUCUCGUUUCCUAACGGAGUGAUUAUGUUCUAUUUCCAGCUCGUGAUCAUGGCUGGGACAAUUCUCCUGGCUUACUACUUUGAGUACACAGACACCUUCCCCGUGCACAUCCAAGGGUUCUUCUGCUACGACAAAACCUUCUCCAAGCCUUACCCCGGACCAGACAACACCAGCAAGAUCCCACCUGUCCUCAUCUACUCGCUUGUCUCAGCCAUACCCACCCUCACGAUCCUUGCCGGAGAAUUGUGUGCGUUCUUCACCAAAGCAGAGGGAACCCAGGAGAAGACCAUCGUCACUGCAGACUGCUGCUACUUCAAUCCCCUACUGAGACGCGUUAUCCGCUUCUUAGGUGUCUAUGCCUUUGGUCUAUUUACUACAACCAUCUUCGCCAAUGCCGGGCAGGUGGUGACAGGAAACCAGACUCCUCACUUCCUGUCAGCGUGCCGACCAAACUACACGGUCCUGGGCUGCCAGUCCAGCACGCAGUACAUUACAGAGCGUCGAGCCUGCACCGGCAACCCUCUCGUUGUCAUGUCUGCACGUAAAUCCUUCCCAUCCAAGGACGCAGCGCUCAGCGUCUACUCUGCAGUGUACACAGUGAUGUAUGUGACGCUGGUGUUCAAGACCAAAGGUACCCGUCUGACAAAGCCCACCGUCAGCUUCACCUUCCUGUGUCUGGCAAUGAUCGUAGGCGUUGUCAGGGUGGCUGAAUAUCGCAACCACUGGGCUGAUGUCCUGGCGGGAUUCUUCACUGGGGGAGCUAUCGCUGUGUUUCUAGUGACUUGUGUGAUUAACAGCUUCCAGCAGACACAGCCCAGGCCUUCUGCACAACAACCCCAACGCCCUCAGUCAACGCUGGGUAUGCCCAUGGUGACGCUGCCCUGUGUAGAGAGUCCACUAGAAAAACUCCGCGGGGAUCUCUGUUCACCGAGAUCACAUGACCAUCAGCCCUAUCGGUUCCCCGCCAAACCCGAUGUCCUCAUAGUGUCUCGCUCCAUUUCCAGCGAAGUCUAGACCAGCCAGAACAGCACUCUCCUCGCUGUGCCGCACAUCCUACUGGGCGGUACACAACACUUUGUCGCUCCUAUUCCACGCAGGUCUAGACUGCUGAUGCACAAUUCUAAAGUACACACAUACACACUCCCUUCCUGUCUCUACCCCCACCAUCCUCCAAACUCCCAGGGAACCGAUAGGCAAGACUUUUUCAAAGACUCUCUCUUUACUGGAACCUCAGUGAAAGGCUAGAACAUUCACUUUUCUUUUUCAAUAAUCUUUUUGGUGUCUUUCUACUUUUUUAUAUCAAAUCAUGUGAAGCUAACGUGUUUUAACUGGUGUGCUUUGUUCGGUAAGACACAUCAGAUUGUGACCACGAAGAAUGUCCAUGUUUCCUCCCUUCUCCCUCUACAAAAACGUGUGUAUUACAGUGAACCCCCGUUUAUUGCGGGGAUAUGUCCAAGACCCAGCCACGUUUACUUCUACCAAAUGCUAUUAACCCAUGUCAAUUUAUUUAAAAAUGAUUCAAAUUAAUAAAAAAAAAAAUCACUUUUUAAAAUAUUCUUAAGCACCUUUUCUCAGUCUCGCUCUCAAAGUUCUUCAGUAAGAGGUAUGGAGUGUUUAUUCAAUUGAGUUUACUGUAAAACUGACACAUCAAACUGACACGUUUUUCUUACUGCACUCUAGGUCUGCAACUCCAAAUAUGGACUAUCACCUUUGGUGAAAACACAUCAGAUCGAUCGAUUAGAAACAUUUGCAAUAUAGCAGAGGCGCAAUCUACGAACUGUGGUAUAGCGGGGAUUCACUGUACGUAAAAAAAAAAAAAAAAGUGGACAUUGGAAGUAAAAUGUGACUUGAGGUUUGAUUCAUUUGGUCUGGCAUCAUGAAGUUGCUACUUUGGACCAAAGAAACUGCACGGAAGGAAACGUGUGCUGCUGGUUUACCCAUAAAAAAAUACAUUUUUGUAAAAGUAGUGUGCAAACACUGAUGAGAUUUUUGCUUCUUUGCAUUCUCUCGCAUUAUCUUUUCACUCCCAUUUUCUAUCUCAUUACUUUCAUGUGUUCAGAGCCUCAAAGCCAUGCGUGACACACAAGACAUUCUGUAGUCACAGUCCCUGUGCUCUCGUCAGCACUGCUUGAGGUUUACUUAGAUCAAAGGAUCCAUUUAUGGUCCCUCAGCAAACAGGAUUAAAAAAGGGAACAUCUUCUCAUGCCAAUGGGCGUCGUUUCUGUCUCAAAUGGACCCAGCUUGCCGCAAAAUGAUGGAAAGUACUGAUGGGUUCAACUAAAAAAAUGCCAUACACUACACACCUUAGGCACAACAGACACCCAAAUAAAUCAAACAAAUAUAGGAAAUCAUAAAUAUCAUUUGCCAAAAAGUAUCGCAAUCAGGAGUAACAUGCCCAAAUUGGAAAGGAACCCCUUUUAACGUCACUUGCAAUGUCAUAAUUUAUUUGUAUUUUAGUAAGCGACACAGCUGAACUAUUUUGGGCAUUCAUUUCCAAGCAUAUUUUUCCUUCAUGUGAAGCUACGACAUGAUUUAGAUUUUCCUUACCACACUUAUCGCACUUAGCAACAAAUGGGACAAAUUCAAGCAUUUACUUUCUUCUGUGAUCAAAGUCCACUGAGCCUUUUUUCUCUGGAGUCGGUGGAUUAAGAAUUCAUUUUUAGGCCUGAUAAUUCUAACCAUUUAACCUGUUUUAUAUUUCAAAGUGGAACUGUCCCCCUCCCUUCCCUCUUCUAGAUGCACCGGGAUGUGCUGGUCCAUAAAAUUGCCAACACAGUUCUUACCCAAAUCCGGGACGGAUCUCUGCUGCGCGGCCUGCCGUCCCGGAUUUGUACCAGUCGUGAAAAUAGAGAACAUGUGGUGAUUUUUCUUUUUACCUCCUCAUGUCUAGGGUAGCUCACAUUUAAAAAAAAAUCCAAUCUAAGGAAACUUCAGUUUGAAUGCUGUGUAAAAAGACUAGAAUGCACAAUUUUGAACUAAUCUCCGUCUAUGUUGUCGUUACUCUGGAUUAUUUCUCUCUGUCAUUGCAAGAGAUGACAAAUAACUUCACGUGCCUUGAGGUAAAUUCGCAAAUUGAAAUGUCAUCAGCGCAGGACUUCUAGAUGAUGUUAUUACCUUCUAUCAAACUAAGCACCCUUUUGGGUUUGAUAUCUUAUGCAGUACAAGAUGGUAGAGGUCAGUUUCAAUUAAAAAAAUGUCUCGAUAAACUCUUGAAGUAUCACAAUGUUUAACCAAAUCCUUCAGUCAGGAAGUAUUAUUCUAUGAUAAAACAACCACUCUGAGUGAGCUGAGGUCAAAUUGUAAAAUUAUCUUGCUGACUUUGAAUUGUACUUCACCUUCCUUCCUUAUUUUCAUUUAACCUCCCUCUCGCUUCUUUCCUUCAAAUAUUUCCACUCUCCAUAUGCAACACUACUAUUUUUACUUUUUAAUUAUCAUUUGUUUGCUUAAUAUGGAGAAAAUACACAUGAAUCCAUCUGCACAUUUACAUUUGUACAAGUUUACUCAUGCAGUUUCCGUAUAUAGCUAACUACUAUUCCGCUUUUUACAAUGAAAGCUGUAUAAUAUUGUGCUUUUUUUUAGUUUUAAUGAGUAAUACUUUUCAGCGAACGUCACUUAUUGUUUUCCAGGGGAAAAUCUCGUUUAUAGGGUUAAUAGGGAUGAUAUCAUGAGUCUAACUACCUAAUGAAUAUAUGGGAUGGAAAAAUAUCACAAUACUUAGAUCUCAAAUAAGCUGCCCAUUGCGCCAAAAUAAGACAAUGAAAAAAAAAAUCAAUGAAAAGUAAAACUGCAACAUCCUGGAGGCUCAGCAAUGGAGAGCACGCGUAUCAUUCACAUGUAGAAAUUUGCUACAUCAUUUUUUUCCAUCAUUGUCACCAUGAAAUAGAAAUGCCUUCAAAGUACUGUAUAACUUACUGAUAAACAACAGGACAUACGACACGUGUUGAUUCUGAGUGUAAUGUGUUUUUUGUUUUUUAUAUUUUCAGUGCACGAUUCAUAUUUGUGCAUUGUUUCUCAAUGUUGACUGUCUCAGAGUGGGUUUUUAAAUUUGUCAACACACAAGGAAAAGCCUGUGAGAGAAAAAAAAAAUAACAGCUAUUGAGAAUAAAGUCUAUUUUACCCAGGUUCAACCAUCAGCAUGGCAGUUUACUUUGCUGAAAAGUGAAGUGAAGCGAAGUGAAGAAACACAUUGCAGUUGAGUGACAAGUGAAUAAAAGAACCAGCGUCCCUCAGAUCUGCAACGCUGAGGGCAACACAUUUGCUUUCGUUAAGUCUUGUUGCAGCAAAAAAAAAAAAAAUGUCUGUUUUGUAAGAAUUGUGUGAAAGAACAA